AUGUCCAUACAAGAUGACAGAUUUGGGAGGAGGUGGACUUCACAACAUGUUUCCAACUGCUUGUUGACUUUUACCAAUGUUUUCCUGCAGGUGAGAAGUGAUCAUGUUGCUCCCAUCUACGUCAUCAACCUUCUCAUUACCGACCUGAUUCAGCUCUGCUACAUGAUCGUUCCUGUGGUUUCAAAUGUGAAUAGGACUAUACGUAUCAUCAGUUCUAUUUACCUCUCUGGUCUGGUUGCCAGUGUUUACUUCAUGGUCUGCAUCGCCCUGGAAAGGUAUUUGGUCAUCGUCCACCCACUGUGGUACCGCUGCAGACGAACCAUCAAGAGUUCUGUGGUGGUCUGUGUCCUGGUCUGGGUCCUUUCUCUUGUAUAUGGUGUCCUUUACUAUUUCAUUGCUGCUUAUGUGGUCAGGUACAUAAUCUUUGCCGUUCUCCUCCUCCUUCCCUUCCCACUGUUCAUAUUCUUCCUGGUUGGGACCCUCAAAGCCCUGUCUGCUUCCAUCUCGGUCCCCUCUGAUGAAAAACGACGAAUUGUGGGAGUUUUGGUUCUGGUGCUGCUUAUUUACACCCUGCUGUUCCUGCCCAGAAUCAUUUUGAACCUGGAUGUAAACUCUAACGUGACCCUCGCCCACCUGUCUCUCAUCUUUGUUAGAUUCAGUCCUCUUGCAGACUUGUUCCUGUAUGUCUUCAUGAGGAAAGGGUUCAUAGACAAGAUUUUGGCCUCUGUGUGUUGCUGCAGAAUGGACAGCAAAGAAAUCAGCAGUUCAUCAGUCGACUAUGGACUGUGUGAGAAACAGCUGACAACCGAGUACAGCCCGUACUUUCUGAUGUUUGGGAGGGAAGCGAGGUAUCUCGGAGGUGCCAAAAGAGUCACAGAGGAUAAAGUCAGCAGCCUACUGUGUAAGGAGAUGAGUCUGCAGAAGAUUGAGUCUGUACACGCAGAAGUCACGGCCAAUAUUAAGAAAAGCCAGGACAAGGUCCGCAAAAGAAAGCAGGAGAGGGGCCAUGAGGACAACUUCAAAGUGGGGGACCUGGUUCUCCAGAAAAAUGACGGUCAGGAGCAGCGAUAA